AUGUCUCAGCGGCCGUACUACUUAUUAGCCUGCAUCCAACGAUGGCUCAAUGUCGUUCUUGACCUCCUAAUAGCAACUCUGGCGGUCAUUCUAAUUGCCCUAGCGACGUCUUUGAGAAGCUCAGCGAAUCCAGGAAGACUGGGAGUAUCCUUGACCACGAUCAUGGUGUUCAACCAGACCCUACAGGAGCUAUUUGAUAGUUGGAUCGGCCUGGAGACUUCUCUAGGUGCGAUUGCAAGGACAAGAUCUUUUGAGUUAAAAACACCACCUGAGCAUCAAGCUGAAGAAAACAGCAAGAGCACACUGCUCUCCGCUUUACUCUGCCUCGUCGACAAUACGACCGGAACUAUCUCAAUUGAUGGCAUCGACAUCGCAACCAUUCCCCGCAACGUACUCUGCUCUCGUCUUAUCGCUAUCCCUCAGGAUCCACUUACUAUCAUUGGCACGGUUCGCUUCAAUCUUGACCCGAAGGGGGUCGGUCCCGAUGUAUCAUCUCCGCUUUGGAAAAGGUCCAUUUACUUGGACUCAUUAAGUCUCACGGGGGCUUGGGCGCAGAAUUGA